AUGAGAGGGAAGAGAGUGAUCAACAACUCUGAGCUGAGCUUCCUGCUUCUGCUGUCACUCAAACUCUGCUUCCUGUGCUCGCUGCUGUUCAUUGGCCGGCCCCGGCUGUGGACGUGUCAGCUGAGGCAUGCAGCAUUUGGUAUCAGCUUUGUUCUCUGUGUCUCCUGUAUACUGGUGAAGACAAUGGUGGUGCUGGCUGUGUUUAGGACCUCUAAGCCCGGGGGCAAUGCUAGCCUGAAGUGGUUUGGUGCUGGGCAGCAGAGAGGAACAGUCCUGGUUCUCACCUCAUUCCAGGCUGCUAUCUGCACAGCUUGGCUGGUUUCAGCCUCUCCAACUCCACACAAAAACACGCGCUACCAUAWUGAUAAGAUUGUAUAUGAGUGUGUGGUGGGGUCGGUAGCAGGGUUCGGAGCGUUGUUAGGCUACAUCGGCCUCCUGGCGUUCCUUAGCUUCCUCUUGGCCUUCCUGGCUAGGAAUCUUCCAGACAACUUCAACGAGGCCAAGUUCAUCACCUUCAGCAUGCUGAUCUUCUGUGCUGUGUGGAUCUCCUUCGUCCCUGCCUACGUCAGCUCUCCUGGGAUGUACGCAGAUGCUGUGGAGAUAUUCGCCAUCUUAGCUUCCAGCUUUGGCCUCCUGGUGGCUCUGUUCGGCCCAAAGUGUUACAUCAUCCUGCUGAGGCCAGAGAGGAACACCAAGAAGGCUCUGAUGGGCCGGGCCACAACCAAAACAUAGGGAGAAUCUCUAUUAAAUCUCUAAUUUAAUUUCCUUGAUUCCUCACGUCCUCUCUCCUGUCCUUCUUCUCAAAACCCAUUGGAUGAGAAGGUUAGGGGGAGCGGGAUAUCUAACCUUCUCAUUCAUUGGGUUUUGAAAAGGAGACCGAGGUAAGAGGACACGAGGAAUCAUAGAAAUGAAAUUGAGGUUCUCCCAUAGGCUCAAUACCAUAACAACAGUUUACAGUGGAUUCCUCUCCUUGUCUUCUUCACGUACUCUGUGCUGAUCUGAUAUGUGAACACUAGGUGGAGGUACWAUGCCUGCUAGGGAUUUGCUUCACACUCUUUCAUGCAAAGAAAGGAAAGGAGACAUGUAUAGUAACAGAGUAUGAUGGUCUCAAAUAGUUUGAAGUAGCUCCUUUUAGUUUCCAUUUCUGUUUGUAGUUUGAUGGCAUUAAAUCAAAUCAAAUCAAAGAGAUUUUAUCGUUCUGUUAGUACCCUAGUGAUGUGUAAUUGAUUAUAAUUAUGAUGUUCUGUGACUAAAUAUUAAUCACAUAAUAAAUGAUUUCUUUCCUUGGGCUGUUAAGUAGGCUUUAGAUUGAUUUCAUGUGUCUGUGUGCGUGGCUUUAAUCUUCUAAGGGAUAGGUUAUCCCCYAUGAGUGGGUUUCUGCAUCGAAAAGCUUUCGAUUGUAUCAUCACAUGGUGUGGAACAUCAUAACUUCCCUGUUCCUUCUAAAGGAUUCUGCUGCCACACUCAUUCACCAAUUAAUUAAU